UUAGCCACAAGCAGGCGCACGGGGAUUAAAACAAGAGACACGCACACGAGGAGCGAGCCACCAAACCUAGCCGCCGCACGCCGACGACCACAGACGCCGCAUCCCUGCCGCACGCGGACGACCACGGACGCCGCGUCCCUGCCGCACGCCGUCAACCACGGGCGCGCCGAUGGUCUGAGCGAGGCGAGCUGUCGGGGAGCUCAUCCCAGGCCCUCUGCAGCUCGCCGCUCCCGCCGUCGUCCAUCGCUCGCCUGAGCCUCGAAUCAGCUAGGGAGGACUCCGGCUGAUCCGUUUGCGGGGCUGCCGUCCAGCAGCCGAAACCGGGAUAACCGGCCACCCACUGAGGCUGUUUUUUCAUUCUCUGCUUCUGACUCUGUUUUUUUCUUCACUGCCUGACACUGUGUUUUCUUCUUUGUCUCUGCAUUCAACGCGUUAAUUGCAAUUGCUAUCUUAUCUAGUUCUAGGAAGCAGCUAGAUUAGGUACAUGUAUGAUGCAAGCUAGCAAAAAAAAUGUAAAUAAAAUACUUUGUGUGGAAAUCUGGCCUUUUUUUGGACGAACGGAUUUUGCAGAUGACAACUCUAGGAGCUCUAAAUAUGAUUUUUUUUAGAUCUUUUUUUUGCCAACAAGAUAGUAAGAAAUCUAGCAAGUAGUAAUCUGAAAAAAAACAGUCGCUUCCUCACGCAAAACGAUUAUGAUUUAAUCUUUUUUUUCUUAGCAAGAGCAUUUUACUUCUCUAGGCAUGAACUUCUGAGCACCACCUUCAUUUCUCUAUCUAGAGAAUGGCAACUGUGUAUUUGUGUAAUUUAGCUGUCGGGAAAUCCGAAAAUUAACUUUUCUCUUGCCAUUUUCGUUUGUCACAGGAUGGACGGCUACGGGGUCCCUGCUUCGGGACCUAGCACGCUCCGACAGAUUGAUGACGUUCCAUCUGAAUCAGAAGACGAAGAGGGGAUUGGUUUUCCUGCAGGAGGCGCGGUCGCCGAGUCUGAUUCGGACAAGGAAGAUCAGAUCCAGGUCAAUGGAAAAGCACCCUCAAUCGGGUCAAGGUGCAGCGUGAAGAAGUUGCACGACCUGAUUUCCUCAUUUGAUGAGGAGAAACGACAGUAUGUAGCCGAGAUGGAGUUUGGGGGGCUGCUAGAGCUACCAAAGAUAACAAGGACGGAUAGGCAUUUCUUGAUGUCUAUCCUAAGCCACAUCGAUGGGGAGGCAAGUUCAAUUACAAUUGAUCACAAACGCGACAUGCAAUUUUUCGAUGAAGAUGUCAAACUGGUCAUCGGCAUACCAUGUGGAACUGCUCCUGUUCGCCCUCCAGACCACGCUGUUCCGGAGGCAGUGGUGACACAGAUAAGAGAGAUGUUUGGAAUUGGUCCAGGAGAGCACAGCAUACUGCCAAUCGUUGAAGCUGUGAAGCAGACAUACGGGCGUCCUAUGACGACACACGAGAAGAACAGGUUCAAAGUGGGGCUGGUCAUAUGCGCAUGCACAUACCUCCUCGCUCCAACAAUGAAGAACGACUACUUCUGUACUGAUUAUUGGGGCGCGCUGGCAACGGCAGAGCUCAUACAUAUGCACAACUGGUGCCGAUAUACAAGGGAAGAGCUGUUAGUUGCGGCGAAGAGGGUGAAGGCAGACCUUCUAGGAGGGCGUCUGAAGUCUAAUCUAUCAGGUUGCCUCCCAUUUGUACUGGUGUUCUAUAUUGACAAUCUUGACGUUGGAGAGCAGAACAUCGACCACACCGCGCGCCCAAGAGUGAAGGCGUACAGCUACGCAGCUAUCAGAUCAAUAAUUGAAAAGGACAUCAAGUCGCGCAAGGGAGAUUACCCAGUCAUCUAUGGCAGACUCCUGCCAAGACCAGCAGCAGAUGUCUGUUAUCACAGAAACCCUAUAACAAGGCAACGGGCAGCAAGCACAUCAGCCGGUCGUGACUCUCGAAGCUCUGUUCCAUCAAAUCGUGGUUCGUUAGACAUUAAGGAGGCUUCUUACCUCGUCUUAGACAAAAUAUCAAAGUUCACAGCCCGUUGUGAGGAGGUUCUAAUUUCCACUGCAAGGAAGAAAGAAGAGGAGAACCACCGUCAUUUCAGUGCACUAAAUACCUUGGAAAACUCUGCCCAACAAAAAAUAAAGAAGGAGGCCAAAAGAAUGAGGGAUGAAUUCUUUUCGUUCUUCAAAAACUUCGAGAGGCAACAUGCUGCGAUAAGGAUGCGAAGGGGUGCAUCAGGUGUCGAUGUUGAUUCUGGUAAUUGCCGCAACGCAUCCCCAAUACCAGAUCUCGCUGUGUCAACGCCUUGCAAUGCCAAACCAACACCUCCAGCGAGCGGCGGGUGUCAGGGCAACACAAACUCAUCACCGGACGUUGUCGAGGUGACUCCUAGGCGGUUCAAAAGGAUAGCAAAGAAACCGAAGAAGGUAACAUUUGAGUGCGGGCCAUCAGGCGUCAUGGACAUCACAGACAGCGAAGAUAAUGUGAAUGAUUGUUUAUCACACCCUACAGCAAUACGUUCAACUUCUGCCCUGGAAGAUGGCAACCCGGAAGACAGCUCGCCUGUCGUCAACAUCGCACUAGACAGCUUGAUAAGAGAAGCAGAGAGGUACAGCAGGUCAGGCAAGCAGAUUGUUGACGGUUCCACUGCAACCAGGGAUUCCAUCCUGGAACUUGCAAGUAGAGGUCAAUCAUCUGGCGCAAAAGAUGUCAAGGAUGGUGCAGCAACAUACUCUGUUUGUUGUGCUCAAGACCCCAACUUCGACAACAGGCGUCAAUGGAACUACCCGUCUGGACACCCACUUAUCGAGGAGACGCCGUCAUUUGACCUGGGCGUCUUCACACCUCCUUGCAAUAAAGCAAAAGAACCUACCUCGUUGAGCAUUGGUUCCAUAAAGGGCAUCACGCGGAAAGACCUGUUCGGCGCUGGUGAAUUCUCCACUAAAACUCCUGGGUCUGCAGACCAGGUGACACCAUCAACCCCCUUUCACAUAGGGAGCGCAACUAUACAUCCCACACAAGAACACCGUGUGGUGGCACACGUGUCACCGGUUAGUUGCACUAGGUCUGUAGCCACUGGCCUUUUGGACUUCAGAGAGGAAGUAGAGGCAGACUGUGUAAACCUGAACAAACCGGUUGAGGAAAUAUCACUACCCGCACCACCACCCAAAAGGAGAGUUGCCCCUGGGCCUGCCGAUGGGGGAUGA